AUGGGGCGUGACCGUGACAAGAAAGAGAAAGAGAGUAGGGGUAGUAAGGACAAGAAGGGUGAAGACAAAAAGAGCAAGAAAAAGGACAAAAAGAAACGACGAAGUCGCUCAAGCUCAUCAUCCUCCAGUUCAGACGAAGCAGAGACUAUCCUUGCGAAUGCAGUGGCUUCAGCUUUUGGGUUGAAGCCAAAGGCGCUCAUCCUGGGGUCGAAGGUGCAGAAAGUUGCGGAUCUGAAGGUGUACCAUGUGGCAUCAGUUUUGGGUCGACAACACGCAUCGCUGACUGAACAGUCAUUGAUGCUGCUGGGCGGUGAGUGGUUUCAUAUGAAGAAGCAUGCCCUAAGCUCCCUGAAGCUUUCGGAGCAAGAUCCCGAAACACUCAAGGUUCGUGUUACGCUAGCCUCAGAUUUGGCCAUUGCAGAGAAGAGAUGGAGGGAUCGACUUCUUGCCAUCCUAGAGAAAGUGGCCGGGAUGAAUGACAUGAGCGUCAUCGGGCAGCACAAUUCCAUCACCUCGAUUCGAAGGGCUGUGGCAAGCGAGAUUGAGCAGCGCAUGAACGACCCUGAGACCAAGCUCCAGUGGACAGUGGAGCUGAAGCAAAUGGUUACGGACUUCAAGAAGGAAGCCAAGAAGGACUUGGACAAGGAACCCUCCGGUCGCAGUCGCUCGUCUACUCGGGCACCUUCUUCGAGUGGAAAGCAGAAGAAGUCUUCUGGUGAUGAGUCAGACGGCAGCAAGACGUCCAAGGCAAGAGAUUCAGGACGCAUGAAAGUCUUCAAGCCCAGCAAGCACGACAAGGUGAGGGGUUGCAAGGCGAAUAGAAUUGCAAGGUGA